AUGCUCAUCCACUGUGCAGGUGCAGUGAGGGUGACCCUGAGAGACACCAGUCUGGAGGUGAAUCACGGAGACUCGGUGACCCUGAGAGACACCAGUCUGGAGGUGGUUCACGGAGACUCGGUGACCCUGAGAGAGACCAGUCUGGAGGUGAUUCACGGAGACUCGGUGACCCUGAGAGACACCAGUCUGGAGGUGAAUCACGGAGACCCUGAGAGACACCAGUCUGGAGGUGAUUCGCGGAGACUCGGUGACCCUGAGAGACACCAGUCUGGAGGUGGUUCACGGAGACUCGGUGACCCUGAGAGACACCAGUCUGGAGGUGGUUCACGGAGACUCGGUGACCCUGAGAGAGACCAGUCUGGAGGUGGUUCACGGAGACUCGGUGACCCUGAGAGAGACCAGUCUGGAGGUGGUUCACGGAGACUCGGUGACCCUGAGAGAGACCAGUCUGCAGGUGGUUCACGGAGACUCGGUGACCCUGAGAGACACCAGUCUGCAGGUGGUUCACGGAGACUCGGUGACCCUGCCCUGCUCCUUCUUCACCAUGAGUCCCCUGUCCAGACUCAACAUCAUCUGGACCUUCGCACCCUUCUCUGACCCAGACUCCCCCACACAGGUCAGUUUGAAUCCCCAUCAGUAGCUAUGCUAAAGGAUCUGAAUACUUAUGUAAAUGUGACGUUUCAUUUUUUUAUUUUUUAUAAAUUUGCAACAACAAUUUAAUCAAUUUUAGAAUAAGGCUGUAACGUAACAAAAUGUGGAAAAAGUCAAGGGGUCUGAAUACUUUCCAAAUGCACUGUAUGCUGAUAAAGUUAUAAUAUGCUGCUUGACGUGUCAGAAAGGUGCUGCUAUGUCUGUCCUACCUCUCAGGUGAUAGUGUUUGACCACGGCCAGGUGAUUGAGAACCCCUCCCUGAGAGGCAGGGUGGGUACCCAGGCAUCCCCUGGAGUGCUGACAUCAUCCUCAACAACACACGCAUAUCAGACGCUGGCACCUAUCGCUGCGGCUGGUGGACAAGUUAGUCCAAGUGUAAUUUUAGCUACAGCACAGCAAUCAGAAACAUACAGUUUGUGUCACUCACACUAUUGUGAUGUCACGUGUUUAAUUCCAUUUUAGGAAUCAAAACAGUAUUGUACGGUCGUAAAUGCAAACCGAUGUUUGUAUCCCGUAACCUCUGUUGUUCUCUAUGACAGGGGACCUAUGAGGCUCUGUCCAGAUAGUCAACAUCUCUUCCUGGAACUCUGGUCUGUACCGCUGCUCUGUCACCAACCUCCUGGGCACCUAGAACUGUUACGCCAACCUGUCCAUAUACAGCUGAGUCCCUGCAUGGACCACAUGCUCUUCAGUUCUCCUUCACUCUUAUCUACCAACUACUUAUCGAAUCAUACACAUUCAUAAGGGUAUUGCUAUGUUCAUUAAACCCGUCAGAGCUACUCUAACUACUGCGUUGGGUGUGCUGUGUGUUUGGAGUCUGAGUACCGCUCACUCACUGUGCUCUCGCUGCAGCUCCAGACAGUUCCCCCGGGAUUCUCCGGGGGGUGUUGUUGACCCUGUCCAUGGUCCUGGCGCUGCUGGACCUGCUGGACCUGCUGCUGGGGCUCCACCGCUCUGGCCAGGAGAGGAAGUGGCGCGAGGGGAAGGAAGAGUGUUAUAACGAGAUAAGGUACUCUUAUCAAACGCUCCUUUGUUUGAUCCCUCAAUCUAAGGAAGAUAAACAUUGACAUUGUACAAAAACUAAUUGAACUGAACAUUUGUUUUAUAAAGUAUUAAGAAUGAACAAGCAUUCCAUUGGUUACCUCAUUGUGCCCUGCAGGUAGACAUUGGCUCCCACUUCACUCCAUUUUUUUGCGGCAGGCAAUAUCAUAGAAGCUAUUGAAAUAGUUCCCGCAUAGAAUACCUGAUAACUGUACAAUUUGUUUAAUACAUCCUUUUGAAAUAAAUGUUCAAUGUCUGACUGGAAUCAAAUGUGUUUGGGUUUCUGUUCAAGACCGGUUCUAUGCUAAGUUCGGAAUGAAUAUUCAAACUAUGAUAACAUUGCCUGACAAAGGCUCAGGAAAGGUAAAUGAAAGCACUCACAGCAUUUAAUUUGCAAACGAUUACACAAAAAGCUUUAAUUUAAACAGGGGGGGAAAUCACAUUUAAAAAAAACUGUACAGAACUUUGAAUGCCGACUGAUAGUUUAAAUAAAACAUCCCUCCAAAUGACUAAAAUAAUAACAGUAAAAAAACAUGUGGGAUGGUGUAUUAGUAUACAACAUUUGUGCAAAAUAAGUAUUAAUGGAUUCUUCCCAAACUGCAUGAUUCAAUGUGAAGAGUACCCUUCCCCUCAGGAGCCAGAUCUCUCUUCUGAGGGGUAAACAUAAGAGAGAACCUCCCCUAAGACUCAACAUAGUGCCUUCCAUGAAAAAUAACCAGAAAUCCACUAAUAAUAAAAUAGAUUUAUAUAUUUUUUUAAAUAUAUAUUUAUAUACAAAACAUGCUGUACAUAAAUGGCAGAGAUUAAGAAAUCCCUUUUAGUAUUGACACCCAGGUCUGUCCAGUAACUUGUGCUUUCCUUUCUCCCAGUAAGAAAAGUACUCCCUGUUGCUUUGGAUAUUACACUGAGAAAAGAGAAACAGAAAAGGGCCCUGAUCAGAAUGGCGCUGCUAGGGAGGACACAUGUUAACAUCUGGAAGGUGCCAGCUCCUCCUCAACAAUAUCCAUGACAACCAUGGAGUUAGAUCCAAUGAUCUGACAAACAAAGAGACUAGAUCUCCAUUAGCACAGUGCUUGUUCCAAGUCCUCAAGAUGUUUCAAGAUGUAACCAAACCAUCCUAAGCCUGAAUGGUUUUAGGAAAAUUAAGAGCGCUUUAGCUCAAGCAGAAUUAAUUGCUGUUUCUGUGGUGGGGGAAUCACCUUGACUGCAGAGGAGGCUGGUGGGAGGAGCUAUAGGAGGACAGGCUCAUUGUAAUGGCUGGAAUGGAAUAAAUGGAACGGUAUCAAACCCAUGGAAUCCACGUUUGACUCCGUCCAUCAUUCCAGCAAUUACAACGAGCCAGUCCUCCUAUAGCUCCUCCCACCAGCCUCCACUGCUUGACUGGUACUUUGAGUAGUGACCCAUGAGUUCAACCAUGAGGCUCAGACUUCCAAUAUCCAGACUAAAGUAACUUUGCUACUGCAUAAUUACCCAUAGUCUAAUUUUUCUAGAUACCAUCUAACCUAGCGCUUGAGAACACUCCCCUUUUGUGUCUGUCCCCUUAUAGACACAGUAAGAUUAGCAAAUGGCAGAGAAUUUCCAUUCUUUCCCAAUGGGAGACCCUGAGAACACCUGUCAUUCACCCUGUAAGGACAGAUUUCUAGGGAAAGUUUAGUAGGACAGUUCAGUCUUCUAACUAAAAGGUGAGAAGUAAGAUGGUUAGGGGCGAAAGUGAGCAUACAAGGCAGUCAUCUAGGAGCAGAUUUACACCAUUGCACAAGGUUAUUCCAGAUAGUUCUACCAUUGAUAUAGAAGACUUGUCACAACUGGCCAGGGGACAGACACGUUGAUUACUGUAGUGCUGUAAGACCCUAUAGCUCUCGGGACAGAACAGAGUUGGACAGCCAGCUUGUCUGAUAUGUGCUCUGGAUAGAGUCCAAUCUCCACAUUUCUAUAUCACAUCAGCAUGUCAAAUAGACAAACCCUUUUAACAGUCUUCCAGACGUUAUCAAGAAAUCUAAAUAAAUAUGCCAUAUUUGUUUUCAGUAUUUAUUUAACUUGGUUUCCAACUAAAACGCUGGAGGUAAGUGUAGCACAAACAGCAACUGUAGGUAUAGUAGUAGUAGCAGGAGGUGCUGCAGUUGAGUAGUAAGAGGAGCUGUACAGGAGCUGCCUGGAGCCAAGGAAAGCAGAAGGGCCUCUUGCUGGUGGCUAUUCCACACACAGAGCUGUCUGAGCCCCUCCCACUGCAUAGAGUCCACAGCUGAUUGGAUCAGGUCAGGGAGGGAGCGGUUAGCCACUGAGGAGGUUGUGACUCUUCAAGUAAAGUAAAAAGACAUUCCACUCACCCCAACAAUAGGACACAAAAACCAUAAAGGCUUUAGAAAGAACAUUCCCAGUUUAGAAUUCUGUGGUCUGAACAAUGUCCCUGCCUAGAGAGCAUCUCCUCUCCUCUUUCCUUCUCUCUGUCCUGGUCCAUCAGCUCUGUCCAGAGUCACAUCUCCCUAGACCUCCCCAAAUUCAGAACUUGCAUCCAGGCCUGACUGGGAAAAAGCACCAAAUGUUGGGAAAGGUGGGGGUAGGCGGGAGUCUUAUCCCUGAAACAAGCUCUUUGUCAGAACACUUGAGAUUGUUGAUGCGGUCAAGAGCCUCUAAUAAAUAUCCAAAUGAGCAUGAGGAUGUUUUUACGUGGAGGGGUGUGGAUUAGUUUUGGAAUGUGUGUGGUAUGCUAGGGAGGUGGGUAGUUGAUAUUGACUGGUCAUAUGGCAGGGGUAGGCAACUAGAUUCAGCCAUGGGCUGAUUGUCGGAGAGAAUGGUUCAGGGGUGGCGGAAAAUAAUUAUAAUAAUUUGUACACUGCAAAUUGACCAAAACUAAGCCCAAAAAGAGAUUGUAUUUGAAAAUAAUAAUUUCAUAACUUUCAUUCAAAAUUACAUUCAGACACGAUAAUGUCUCUUGGGAAGAGAUUAUUAUUAUUUUUUGCUGAAUUCCUGGUGAUUUUACAGUCUUUUGACCAAAAACGAUAUAUAUAUAUAUAUAUUUUUGUAUCAUUCCGCCUGUAUCCGACCCCUGUCAUAUGGUAUAGAUGUUCAAGUCAUUUGAUGUGACCCUUGCAGUUUCAGAGUGGAUAUCCCCACAGUGAACGUGCAGCAGGUUGGAGCAGCAGGUUGGAGCAGCAGGUUGGAGCAGCAGGGAUGGGCAGUGGGUGUAAAGAACAAGGCAUGUUAUGUUAGUAAAUCUGGCUUCACCUGUACAUACAGCAACAAGGAUAUUGGAGUUCCCUUUUCUGAGUCAUUAUGCUGUUGCUGGUGGGUCUCAGGUGAAGGAGAGGACAAAUGAACUAAACUAACUAAUAAAAAACAACUAAACAUUACAUAAGGAAAAACCUCCCUUACAAUUGCACUGGCUUUUUGGUCUGCUAGGGUUACCAUUGUUACAGAAACUCAUGAGGGCCUAUCAAUUAGAGCUCCUGUUUCAAGUCCUAGGAGGGGAGAUGGUGGGAUGGGUUAGGGAUGCGGGCUGGGUGCGUACACUUUGUUUUGACAUACAUCCUUGUGGUGGUUCACUGAGGAGAAGAGGAACGUAUUUAGACCUCAAGAUCCAUCCAGCAUUGCAAAGGCUUGAAAAAAUGUCACUAAACAAAAAACAUGUUGAGAUGUUGUGAUUUGCCAUCAGAGAUGUAACAGACCUCAGAGUCCAGUCUCAUUGAGAGAGAGAGAGAGAAGAGCAUUCGAAUGACUCUGGGAAGCUGGAAUCGGUCCGGUCUGAGCCGGUCAGGCCCACUCUAGAACUGGCCACGGUGGAGCUGUGCUUUGGCUUCAGGGGUUCUCAUGGGUUCUCCAGGGUAGACUCAGCCCAGGUGCUCAAGUAAAGGCAGCUCGGUGGACUCCUCCCUGGGGGCAGGGCUGGGGGGCGUGGUCUCAGUGGACUGGGUGACCCCCAGGGGGUCCUGUGUUGGGCUGGCCCUAGGUGGCAGUGCAGGAGGAGUAGACUGAAACACAGAUGUAAAUAUCCUCAACUAAUGAAACCUCUUGAGUUUCCAUCGCAACAUACGACCAUCAUUAAGUUAAUCUCAAAGCCAUAACAUCCUGGUGUAAGAGGGCAUGUAUUGUAGCUACAUUAUUCUCCUGGUGUUCAAAAAGACUGUUGUCACGCUGUUGACAGCAUGCUGCACCUUCCAACACAGACUAUAUUUUCUACCUUCCAACACACACUAUAUACUGAGUGUACAAAACAUUAAGGACACCUUCCUAAGGUGUUGAAAACAUUUCACAGGGAUGCUGGCCAAUGUUGACUCCAAUGCUUCCCACAGUUGUGUCAAGUUGGCUGGAUGUCCUUUGGGUGGUGGACCAUUCUUGAUACACAUGGGAAAGUGUUGAGCGUGAAAAACCCAGCAGCGUUGCAGUUCUUGACACAAACCGGUGCGCUUGGCACCUACUACCAUACUCCUUUCAAAGGCACUUAAAUAUUUUGUAAUCCAUGUCUUAAAUUGUCUCAAGGCUUAGAAAUCCUUCUUUAACCUGUCUCCUCCCCUUCAUCUACACUGAUUGAAGUGGAUUUAACAAGUGACAUCAAUUAGGGUCAUAGCUUUCACCUGGAUUCAACUGGUCAUGUUUUGUACACUCAGUGUCUGUUCUACCUUCACACAACAUGUUACGUUGUUUCACCAUCCUCACCUGUGUCCGUAUGAACUGAGAAGCUCCACCGUCGCUCUCAGUUGCGGUUGGCCCGUUGAAGCCCUUCCUGCCUGACAGGCUCCACUUCCCGUAGAGGCCCUCGUAGGGCAGCCCGCUGCCCUGCCCCAGGCCAUGUCCCAGUCCUGCCCGCCCGGACCCUCUGUGCCCUCCGUCCAGGAAGCUGCCUGGGCUGGGCAGGGGAGGCAUGACCACAGAGCUGCUGAAGGACAGCUGGGAGCUGGACAGGUGCUGUCCCAGGAGACCCUGGAUGGACGAGGUCCGGUGGAGGGAGGUGACUAGCCCAGCGUCCAUCCUGCCCUCUGACUGGCUGAGCAGAGCCAAGGGGAGGGGCUGAGGGUGGUGGGGCCAUGUGGGGGUCGGGCCCACAGGGUUGUCAGUUCCUACGGAGACAAGGAGAGUUAUUUAAUUCACUUCAUUACAAAAUAUAAUCAUUAUACAAACAUUGCUGUGUUAUCAGCAUACUGACAGUAUUGAUGUUAUAAUAGCUAGCUGCAGCUGAACAGCAGACAUCAUUAGAGGUUGUAGUUGAGCGGUAGGGUCCUGGGCUCACCCAUGGGGGGGUGGAUGGAGGUGAAGUGGGGCUGUGGAAGGGGCAGGCUGGAGGCCGGGGUGCUCUGGGUGGUGUGAGCGGAUGGGUUGUUGGAGAUGGAGGUGGAACCGCCGCCGCAGUCAGAGUCCUCGAUGUUACCCCCACUGUUACACCCAGCUCCACAACCCUUCUGUAACCUGCAGGAGAGACACAGGUAUUUGAACAGUCUUAUCACACACGGUGAGUGUGUGGCUGCGCAUGUACGGUGCAUUCAGAAUGUAUUCAGAUCCCUUGACUUUUUCCACAUUUUGUUACGUUACAGCCUUAUUCUAAAAUGGAUUAAAUAGUUGUUUUUUUCCUCAUCAAUCUACACACAAUACCCCAUAAUGACAAAGCAAAAACAGGUUUUUUAAAUGUUGCAAAUAUAUAUAUAUAUAUAUACACAUACACAACUUAAAUAUUACAUUUACAUACGUUUUCAGACCCUUUACUCAGUACUUUGUUGAAGCCCCUUUGGCAGCGAUUACAUCCUCAAGUCUUCUUGGGUAUGACGCUACAAGCUUGGCACACCUGUAUUUGGAGACAUUCUCCCAUUCUUCUCUGCAGAUACUCUCAAACUCUGUCAGGUUGGAUGGGGAGUGUCACUGCACAGCUAUUUUCAGGUCUCUCCAGAGAUGUUCGAUUAGGUUCAAGUCCGGGCUCUGGCUGGGCCACUUAAGGACAUUCAGAGACUUGUCCCGAAGCCACUCCUGUGUCGUCUUGGCUGUGUGCUUAGGGUCUUUGUCCUGUUGGAAGGUGAACCUUCACCCCAGUCUGAGGCCCUGAGCAGGUUUUCAUCAAGGAUCUCUCUGUACUUUGCUCCAUUCAUCUUUCCCUCGAUCCUGACUGGUCUCCCAGUCCCUGCCGCUGAAAAACAUCCCCACAGCAUGAUGCUGCCACCACCAUGCUCUGUCAGAGUGACCAUCGGGUUCUUGGUCACCUCAUUGACCAAGGCCCUUCUCCCUCGAUUGCUAAGUUUGGCCAGUCGGCCAGCUCUAGGAAGAGUCUUGAUGGUUCCAAACUUCUUCCAUUUAAGAAUGAUGGCGACCCACUGUGUUCUUGGGGACCUUCAAUGCUGCAGAAAUGUUUUGGUACCCUUCCCCAGAUCUGUGCCUCGUCACAGUCCUGUCUCGGAGCUUUACGGACAAUUCCUUCGACCUCAUGGCUUGAUUUUUACUCUGAGAUGCACUGUCAACUGUGGGACCUUAUAUAGACAGGUGUAUGCCUUUCCAAAUCAUGCCCAAUCAAUUGAAUUUACCACAGGUGGACUCCAAUCAAGUUGUAGAAACAUCUCAAGGAUGAUAAAUGGAAACAGGAUGCACCUGAGCUCAAUUUCUAGACUCAUAGCAAAGGGUCUGAAUACUUAUGUAAAUCAUGUAUUUUAGUUUUUUAUUUGUAAUACAUUUGCAGACAUUUCUAAAAACCUGUUUUCGUUUUGUCAUUAUGGGGUAUUGUGUGUAGAUUGAUGAGGGGGAAAAUGUAUUUAAUCCAUUUUAGAAUAAGGCUGUAACGUAACAAAAUUUGGAAAAAGUCAAGGGGUCUGAAUACUUUCCUAAUGCACUGUAUGUGUGUGAGUGAGUGAGUGAGAGAGAGAGCAGUGCAUGGCGUAUGUGCAGUUUGCAGGAAUACCUGACUGUGUGUGUGUAUAUGUGUGUGUGUGUGUGUGUGUGUGUGUGUAUGUGUAUAUGUGUGUGUGUGUAUACAGUGGGGGAAAAAAGUAUUUAGUCAGCCACCAAUUGUGAAAGUUCUCCCACUUAAAAAGAUGAGAGAGGCCUGUAAUUUUCAUCGUAGGUACACGUCAACUAUGACAGACAAAUUGAGAAAAUAAAAUCCAGAAAAUCACAUUGUAGGAUUUUUUAUGAAUUUAUUUGCAAAUUAUGGUGGAAAAUAAGUAUUUGGUCACCUACAAACAAGCAAGAUUUCUGGCUCUCACAGACCUGUAACUUCUUCUUUAAGAGGCUCCUCUGUCCUCCACUCGUUACCUGUAUUAAUGGCACCUGUUUGAACUUGUUAUCAGUAUAAAAGACACCUGUCCACAACCUCAAACAAUCACACUCCAAACUCCACUAUGGCCAAGACCAAAGAGCUGUCAAAGGACACCAGAAACAAAAUUGUAGACCUGCACCAGGCUGGGAAGACUGAAUCUGCAAUAGGUAAGCAGCUUGGUUUGAAGAAAUCAACUGUGGAAGCAAUUAUUAGGAAAUGGAAGACAUACAAGACCACUGAUAAUCUCCCUCGAUCUGGGGCUCCACGCAAGAUCUCACCCCGUGGGGUCAAAAUGAUCACAAGAACGGUGAGCAAAAAUCCCAGAACCACACGGGGGACCUAGUGAAUGACCUGCAGAGAGCUGGGACCAAAGUAACAAAGCCUACCAUCAGUAACACACUACGCCGCCAGGGACUCAAAUCCUGCAGUGCCAGACGUGUCCCCCUGCUUAAGCCAGUACAUGUCCAGGCCCGUCUGAAGUUUGCUAGAGUGCAUUUGGAUGAUCCAGAAGAGGAUUGGGAGAAUGUCAUAUUGUCAGAUGAAACCAAAAUAUAACUUUUUGGUAAAAACUCAACUCGUCGUGUUUGGAGGACAAAGAAUGCUGAGUUGCAUCCAAAGAACACCAUACCUACUGUGAAGCAUGGGGGUGGAAACAUCAUGCUUUGGGGCUGUUUUUCUGCAAAGGGACCAGGACGACUGAUCCGUGUAAAGGAAAGAAUGAAUGGGGCCAUGCAUCAUGAGAUUUUGAGUGAAAACCUCCUUCCAUCAGCAAGGGCAUUGAAGAUGAAACGUGGCUGGGUCUUUCAGCAUGACAAUGAUCCCAAACACACUGCCCGGGCAACGAAGGAGUGGCUUCGUAAGAAGCAUUUCAAGGUCCUGGAGUGGCCUAGCCAGUCUCAACCCCAUAGAAAAUCUUUGGAGGGAGUUGAAAGUCCGUGUUGCCCAGCGACUGCCCCAAAACAUCACUGCUCUAGAGGAGAUCUGCAUGGAGGAAUGGGCCAAAAUACCAGCAACAGUGUGUGAAAACCUUGUGAAGACUUACAGAAAACGUUUGACCUGUGUCAUUGCCAACAAAGGGUAUAUAACAAAGUAUUGAGAAACUUUUGUUAUUGACCAAAUACUUAUUUUCCACCAUAAAUUGCAAAUAAAUUCAUUAAAAAUCCUACAAUGUGAUUUUCUGGAGAAAAUAAAAUCUCAUUUUGUCUGUCAUAGUUGACGUGUACCUAUGAAGAAAAUUACAGGCCUCUCAUCUUUUUAAAUGGGAGAACUUGCACAAUUGGUGGCUGACUAAAUACUUUUUUCCCCCCACUGUAUGUGUGUGUGUAUAUGUGUGUGUGUGUGUGUGUGUGUGUGUGUAUGUGUGUGUGUGUGUGUCUAUAUGCGUGUGUGUUUGUCAGCCCUAGCAUGACUACUGAAGGCUGUGUAGUGUAAGUGUACCCAUCCCAGCUGCUGAUGAGCCAGGUGUAGAUGUUAUGGGGGCUGACAGGCCCCCCCCAGACGGAGCGGAGCUGGGUGUGCCCCCCUGCGAAGGAGGUGGUGAGGGGGGACACGUAGAUGGGGUAGCCGAUGGGCUGGUCACAUGACGAGUUGAUCAUGUUUCUCAGGGCCUGCUUGGCGUUCUGGAUGCUGCCACGCUCAGGGUUCCGGUUCCGCAGGAACACCAGCUCCUGCUGCUGGCCUGCCCACAGGCCGCGCACACACUCCCUGUUCACCUGCAGGGGGCAGGACAGUGGGGGUCAGCAGGUGGAGGAGCACAAUAAGUCACAAAUAUGCCAGUGACCUCUGCUACCACACGGCAAGCGGUACCGGAGCGCCAAGUCUAGGUAUAAAAGGCUCCUUAACUGCUUCUACCCCAAAAACCUGAACAAUUCAUCAAAUGACUAUCAAUCCAUCCAUAUUAUGACAUAGUCAUAAUCCAUCCGGACUAUUUGCAUUGACGACCAUCUGGACUAUUUGCAUUUUUUUACAAUGCUGCUACUCGCUGUUUAUUAUCUAUGCAUAGUCACUUCACAUGGACGAAUUACCUUGACUAACCUGUACCCACGCACAUUGACUCGGUACCCCCUGUAUAUAGCCUCGGUAUUGUUAUUUUAUUGUGUUACUUUUUUUAUUACUUUAGCUUAUUUUGUAAAUAUUUUCUUAACUCUAUUUUCUUAAUACUGCAUUGUUGGUUAAGGGCUUGUAAGUAAGCAUUUCACGGUACGUGACAAAUAAAAUGUGAUUUGAUUUGACCCAGAACUGGUGACACACAACUAGAGAUAGAAGCAGGGUUAACAAGAGAGCACUUGAACAUUCCUGACAAAUAUCUACUGAUGUUAUGACAUUCAGUCUCAAUGUGAUCUAUGAUCAUGCUACAGCAAUGCCUCCAUUGUCCCCCUGUUCAUUUCAGUGCACAUCACUAACAAGUUAUGACUGUGUGAGUCUCUACAGAAGCUGCGGUUGACCUUGAUGACCCUGAAGCUGAGGAACCUCUUGUUGAGCAUGAUGAUCUUGUACUCGUCGCUGCCGUCGUCCAUGACGUGGCGCAGGGCCAGCAGCGAGGGCAUGUUGGCCAGGAUGGCGCUGCGCCACACCGGGUCGCCCUCGUGGCUGAUCACCAUCUUCUCUUCGUUGGCCGUGAUGGCGUCGUACAGAACCACCGGGUCCUCGUACUCGUCUGGAGACGUGAAGUGA